AUAUCUUCCCUCCCUCUCCCCUACCCCUCUUUUCCUUUCCUUUCCUUUCCUUUCCUUUCCUUUGUAGUCCGUGCAAUGGCUCUUCUUUCCUCCCAAUCUCCAUGUCAUCUUCUUUGGUCAUGUUCGACCCUUGUUUUCUUAGUUCUGCUUCGAUCUGAUACUGCUUCUUCAGCUCUGAUACUGACCUUGAGGAACCAUCAUAACAGACAUCAACAUAGAAGACCAAUGUUCCAGACCAACCAAAGCACAUGUGCUCUGUUUGCAGGCACUUGGGUGUAUGAUGAAAGCUACCCACUUUAUCAAUACUCAAGCUGUCCCACUAUAGACCCAGAAUUCAAUUGCCAAAAGUACGGCAGACCCGACUCCGAUUACCUCAAAUACAGAUGGCAGCCUCUCAAUUGUGAGCUUCCCAGCAUGUUCAUGGUAGGUUCAAUGGGCUCGAGUUCUUGAUGAAGAUGAGAGGGAAAACGGUGAUGUUUGUGGGUGACUCGCUGGGGAAGAAUCAAUGGGAGUCUUUGAUUUGCUUGAUUUCAUCUGCGGCGCCGCGAACCGAGACGCAGCGAUCAGGAGGAGAUCCCCUCUCCACCUUCAAGUUCUUGGAUUAUGAUUUGUCUGUGGCAUAUUAUCGAGCUCCUUAUCUAGUGGACAUAGAUGUGGUACAAGGGAGGAGAAUCCUGAGGCUAGAAGACAUAUCCAACAACGGAAAUGCGUGGAGGGUUGCUGAUGUGCUGUUGUUCAACACAGGGCACUGGUGGAACCACAAAGGAUCUCUCCAAGGGUAUGCAAAAAUUGCAAUUUCUUUACAAUUAUCUGUUUGCUUCAGCUGGAAGUGAAAAUCCCAAUCUAGGGUUUGCUUAAUUCGAUUGGUUUGAGGUGAAUUCUUCACAGGUGGGAUCUCAUAGAAUCAGGAGGCAUAUAUUACCAGGACAUGGACCGCCUGGUUGCUUUAGAAAAAGGACUGAGAACAUGGGCCAAUUGGGUAGACUCCAAUGUUGACAGAACCAGAACCAGAGUCUUUUUCCAGUCCAUUUCUCCCACACACAAUGAUCCAAAUGAAUGGCAAACAGUAACAACAGCAACAACGACAAAAAACUGCUAUGGAGAAACGGUGCCAAUGAGUGGAACAACAUACCCCACUGGAGAAUACCCUGAGCUUAUGAGGGUGGAGGAUGAAGUAAUCAGGGAUAUGCACACUCCUGUAUAUGUAUUGGACAUAACCAUGCUUUCUGAGCUAAGGAAAGAUGGGCAUCCCUCAAUUUACAGUGGUGAUUUGAGUCCUGGCCAAAAGGCUAACCCAUAUCAGUCUGCAGAUUGCAGCCAUUGGUGCAUCCCUGGAUUGCCUGAUACUUGGAACCAACUAUUCUAUACUGUCUUAUUCUACUAAUUUUGAUUAUAUGUUUACAGAGAGUGAGCAGAACGGCAAUUACUCUCUGCAUCAUUUAUCACUUGUUCUUAUGAAACUUUAGAUUAGGGUAAUCUCUUUUGCAAAGUAAGCAUUUAUUAUUUCUGAAGAGAAAUUACAUGUUCAUGUCU